CGGCCUUAGACGCGCGUGAGGAAACUCAGCAUCUCAAAUAAAGGAAUAUGGAAAUCAAACCACUUUUCAGGAGGCUUGGCUCGGUGGUCCGGGCCUUCUUCACCUUCCUCUUCGCCCUGGUGGUGCUUGGAGUGGUAAUGUGGGCUUACAUUAGUGGCAUUCCAAUCGUCUCUUCUCCAUACGGUAUCAUCUCCUUUGGCUUCUAUGGUCUCCUGCUUAGUCUCCACCUGCUGAUCCAGAGCAUGUUUGCCUUUGUGGAGCACCGGCGGAUGCGGGCCCGACGCGAACCCUGCUCCUACACCAAGACUAUUGGCUUCACCAUCUCUGCUUACCAGGAAGACCCCGUGUACUUGCGGGAAUGCUUGCAGUCGGUCAGGGCGCUCCAGUAUCCUGCUGAGCUUUUCCGAAUCAUCAUGGUGGUGGACGGGAACUCAGAAGACGACCGCUACAUGAUGGAGAUGUUCCGGGAGGUCUUUGCUGACCAGGAUCCUGGCUGCUACGUGUGGCGGAACAAUUACCACACGUGGGACCCAAAAGCUCAGCAGGGGCAGGCAGCCAGCCCGUGGGGCGAUGCGGGAACAGGGUUUGAGGAGGACCCUCAGCGCAGGGAGGUGGAGGAGCUGAUCAGUAGCAAGAGAUGUGUUUGCAUCAUGCAAAAGUGGGGAGGCAAGAGAGAAGUGAUGUACACGGCCUUCAAAGCACUAGGACCAUCAGUGGACUACAUACAGGUUUGUGACUCAGACACUAAGCUGGACCCUUUGGCCACAGUAGAGCUGGUUAAGGUGCUUGAGAGUAACCCCAAGUACGGUGCAGUAGGUGGUGAUGUAAUGAUCCUCAACUUGAAGGACUCCUACAUCAGCUUCAUGAGCAGCCUGCGGUACUGGAUGGCCUUCAACAUCGAGAGGUCCUGCCAGUCAUUCUUUGACUGCGUCUCUUGUAUCAGUGGCCCCUUAGGUCUGUAUAGAAAUGACCUCUUACAGCAGUUUCUGGAGGAUUGGUACAACCAGAAGUUUCUUGGAACACACUGCACUUUUGGAGACGAUCGCCAUCUCACCAAUCGCAUGCUGAGCAUAGGCUACGCCACCAAGUACACAGCUCGCUCGAAGUGCUACACGGAGACACCAGCCCAGUUCCUCCGGUGGUUAAACCAGCAGACCCGAUGGACCAAGUCCUACUUCCGCGAGUGGCUCUACAAUGCGAUGUGGUGGCACAAGCAUCACCUUUGGAUGACCUACGAGUCCAUCGUAUCCGGCAUCUUCCCCUUCUUCGUCACGGCCACCAUCGUCCGACUCUUCUGGUUGGGCACGCUGUGGGACGUCCUGUGGGUGCUCUGCUGUAUUCAGCUGAUCGGGCUAAUCAAGGCAGCCUAUGCUUGCAUCCUGCGCGGGAAAGUGGUCAUGGUCUUCAUGUCCCUUUACUCUGCCCUCUACAUGACCAGUCUCCUGCCUGCCAAGUACUUCGCCAUCCUCACCAUGAACAAGAGCAGCUGGGGGACUUCGGGCCGCCGCAAGAUCGUGGGCAACUACAUCCCCCUGCUGCCCCUGUCUGUGUGGGCGGCCAUCUUGUUGAGCGGCUUGGUCUACACAAUCUACAGGGAAAGCCAGCUGGACUGGACUACAGCCGCAAAGCAAGAGGAGAUCAAGUUUUUGAUCUUCGGUGCCGUGGCCUACGUCAGUUACUGGCUUAUAAUGUGCCUCCUCUACUGGGUGUGGUUUCGCAGACUGUGCCGAAAACGUUCGCAAAGUUACAGUGUGAGUGUGUAGUAUAGUUUAUUAUUGUUUACAGGAACUUUUUUUUAAUUUAUUGCCUUGUGUACAGAAUGUAUCAUAUGUUUUAUUUAAGAUUUUUUAAAGUUUGUUGGAUUGCUUAAAGCUGAUCUACAAAGACUUUGUGCAAGCAUGCUUUAAAGAUAUGCAAGAUUGUGUAUUCAUACUGUAUUCAUGCAUUUUGGCACUGUGCCCCCCUUGAAACUGAUACAUGCCCUUGUCCUCUUAAUGUGCGAGGCAUUCUAUUCUUGGUUCAAAGAGAAAUUCCACCAACUUGUGCAUAAUUAACUGGUUAAGAAGGUCAUUUAGAGUGGUUUGAUGUCCAGAAUCGUUCACAAUAGUGGUGAUGGGAACCAGACAUCUGAAGAGUUCAAUGCCUCUACAAGCUACCUCACAUGAAAUCGUUGCAAGUAUGCUCCCUGA